CAGGAAGGGGCGGAGCUUAGACUGGGGGCCGGCUCAAAUUCAUGUGUGUGUUGAUUCUGCGCGCAGUUACUGAGAGUUUACCAUGGAAGCGAACGGUUUGGGAUCUCAGAAUUUUCCGGAGCUGAAGAAUGACACGUUCCUUCGAGCAGCCUGGGGAGAGGAAACAGACUACACUCCUGUUUGGUGCAUGCGGCAGGCAGGCCGCUACUUACCAGAAUUUAGGGAAACCAGGGCUACCCAGGACUUUUUCAGCACCUGUCGCUCUCCUGAGGCCUGUUGUGAACUGACUCUGCAGGUGAGGGGUCCACAGAGGGAGGUAUUUAUGCCCUCAGCUUGCCACCUAGCAACUCGUUUCCAUUCCCUACAGCCACUGCGUCGGUUCCCUCUGGAUGCUGCCAUCAUCUUCUCCGACAUCCUUGUUGUACCCCAGGCAUUGGGCAUGGAGGUGACCAUGGUACCUGGCAAAGGACCCAGCUUCCCAGAGCCAUUAAGAGAAGAGCGGGACCUAGAACGUCUACGUGAUCCAGAAGUAGUGACCUCUGAGCUGGGCUAUGUGUUCCAAGCUAUCACACUUACCCGACAACAGCUGGCUGGGCGUGUGCCACUGAUUGGCUUUGCUGGUGCCCCGUGGACCCUGAUGACAUACAUGGUUGAAGGUGGCAGCUCAAGUACUAUGGCUCAGUCUAAGCGCUGGCUCUACCAAAGACCUCAGGCCAGUCACCAGCUGCUUCGUAUCCUCACUGAUGCUCUGGUCCCAUAUCUAGUAGGACAAGUAGCUGCUGGUGCCCAGGCAUUACAGCUCUUUGAGUCCCAUGCAGGGCAUCUUGGCCCACAGCUCUUCAACAAAUUUGCAUUGCCCUAUAUCCGUGAUGUGGCCAAGCGAGUAAAAGCCAGGCUGCAGGAGGCAGGCCUGGCACCUGUGCCCAUGAUCAUCUUUGCUAAGGAUGGGCAUUUUGCCCUGGAGGAGCUGGCCCAGGCUGGCUAUGAGGUGGUUGGGCUUGACUGGACAGUGGCCCCAAAGAAAGCCCGGGAACGUGUGGGGAAGUCGGUGACCCUGCAGGGCAAUCUGGACCCCUGUGCCCUGUAUGCAUCUGAGGAGGAGAUUGGGCAAUUGGUGCAGCAGAUGCUUGAUGACUUUGGGCCAAAACGCUACAUUGCCAACCUAGGCCAUGGGCUUUACCCUGACAUGGACCCAGAACACGUAGGGGCCUUUGUGGAUGCUGUGCACAGACAUUCACGUCUACUUCGACAGAAUUAAGCUUAUAUACCUCUUCMCUUAAGUAUAUGGAUGAUUGUUUUCUGGAGAAUAAAGUUCCAUAAUUGAAGUCUA